GCAGACCGGCCUUGACCCGCGCGGGACAUCUCAACUUCACGCAAUGGCAAUGGAGAGUCCGGAGCGGCAGAAGAUCAAAGCAAUUCUUCCUCCUGCAAAGGAAUGCACACACACCUUACACUAUUGUGAGGAGAACGUGUGGCUGCUGUGCCAACACGUGCAGGACAAGUACCCGCAGGAGCUGCCCUACUGCUACGCGGUGUUCAUCUCCAACCAGAACCAGACGGUGCCGCUGUGGAGGCAGCGCGCCGGACGCACAGAGGACCGCGUCGUCAUCUGGGACUACCACGUGAUCUUCAUGUACCAGCCGGACUCUCGGUGUCUGGUGUACGACAUGGACUCUGAACUGCCGUUCCCCACCUACUUCCACAAAUACGUCACGGAGACUUUCCGCACCGACCAGAUCCUACAUCCGGAACACCACAGGUUCUUCCGGGUGGUGCCGGCCACGGAGUUCCUCAGUACGUUCGCCUCGGACCGGUCACACAUGAAGCGAGAGGGCGGCGUCUGGGCGUCGCCGCCGCCUCCGUACCCGCCCAUCAGCACCCCCGGUGGGUCGACGAACAACCUGCAGACCUUCAUCUCGAUGGACGGCCGGGUCGGUGUCGGCGAGGUGCUCAACCUGUCCGGCUUCGUCGACAAGUUCUACCGAAACCUGGUCAACAUAUGAACGCGCGCGUCAUCUUUCGGCGGUGAGGUGAAGCUUAGCUUCUCUUCUGACCGCUAGGCGGCGCUGUGGUCGAUGCGGCGUCGCCCCAGGACGCUCGGGCAGCCUCCCUGGCGGCACCUCUCUGCAUACAUAUAUUCAUCGUUGAUAAGCGCCUUACGGUUGGCCUUAUUUUUGGUGCUAGGCUAGAGUGUUGGCGCUGGUCGGGCGCGGCGGCCGGACCGCCGCUGGACGGCGGACGGCGCCGGCCACUGAUCUACUCUCCUGUGUGUCGCGUGUACGGCUUCAGUUAUUCGGCGCACUUGGCGGUCUGCGGCGCGGCGCGGCGACGAGUCGGGUCGCCGACCGGCCCGGCCCGGCGUGCUGGGGACUCCGGUACCCUGGCGUCCCUGGCUGCUGGGAAUCUGGGCCCGGUCAGCGGCGGCACGCGCUGGCGUCCCUCACCCAGCGGCAUAGGUCUGGGCCGCUGGUCGCGUCCUCAGGAGGGCAGCACCCCUGAGGCGUCAGUCGGUAUCUGCUCGCUGCGGGUGGCCUCAGUUCGCUCGAGGUACUUAUUUGGCCAGUUUGUUUUGGAGUAAGUCUCGGCUCAAUGACGAUACAUCGAAGGAAGCUAGUCGGCAGCUGUGGCUGUGCCGGGAGUCGGACUGUCUGUCGCAAAACAGGCGGAGUCCGGCUCAGCAGCGGAACUAUCUGGCUAGUCGGGGAACACGGGGUUACGGCAGGUGCGCCAAAAUCAGGCACGGCAGGGAGCAAGGAGCAUUUUUAGUAGAUAUUAACAAUCAUAACUUUAUGGCGAUGCAUGAAAAUGUUCAUUGUCAAGCUUUUAUUUGCUCGUCGAGAAUUUACUUGGUUUAACAAUUCGAUGAUUCAACUUGAUGACAUUGUGCUCGCAGUGAACCAUUGCUGAUGUAAUGGCUAUAUGCCGACAGGGGGUGGCGUUCUGUGCAGAUAUGUGAGAGGAGAAAUGCCCCGAGCAUAGCAGACUUACUUCGGGUUUAUUGGGAGGUGUGCAAUACAUUGCACCGUGUGCUACUUGUGGGAACGGAGACCAAGCUAACGGCGAUCAUAACACGCGCUCGGUGCGGGGCGGCCCUCUGGUGCCCAGUCGGUGCGGUUGAUUAGAGUUAGUUGGUUUGGUGUUGGGCCAGUGGAGUCGGUCGCCUUCUUUGCUAGUCUGGUGGUACCCUCGUGGUGAGUGUUUGGUCUUUGCUCCCGAGUCCUGGUGCGUGCUUCGUCAUUGAUCCCGAGUAGCUUUUCUAAACUGCCUCAUCGGUGUUCACAUUCAGUUUGUGUUCGUUUGGUGUAUUUCGGUGUUUUAUUGUUCCCGUUUGUAUGUGCCGCGUAGUGGGUUCUAGGGUCAGCUUCGGGGCCGACUUUUCCGCUUUUCAACGAAUUGGCGUGUACAUACGGCGUGGUUACUCUUCUCCUUAGCUAUGCGAGGGUCUGUGGCAGGGAGCCAGCUCGGCUGAGCUCGGCCUCGGCCUGUCUCCCUCACCAGUCCGCAGUGCUAGCGCUAGUCCGUGCUUAUUUUGUUUCAAAGAACAGGGUUUCGAUGUUGCUAUGGCGGUCCCGCUGUGCCGUUCUAUCAAGGAGUGUGAAUCCGAGUGUUACCGAGUGCCGGAGGGUGUCAUUUCUGAGGCGGUGUGAUUUGUUACACGCGACAACGCGGUGCCGCAGAGCACUUUCUGGAUGUGCGUUUCAUUUCUAGUUCUCGAUACGAUGUGAAAUUAGUUAGCUAAGCUCAAUCGGUGGUAUGUUUUGGUGUGUAGAAAUUGCUACACUUUUACAUCCUUCACUUUAUCGUGGCGUAGGUAGCAAUCAUCAACAAUUCUAAAUAUGCAAUUGUGAUAAUUAAACUGUGCUGACAACGACUUGCCACAAAGUAUGUUCAGUCAAGGCUAUUGCUCCAUCUUACAUUUGGACCACUCACAAGUGUCCUGAAUUCGAUGUGGAUUGUAUACAUUUUGCAUCAUUGAUUGCCCUGACUUAGUUAGAGUUAGCCGUGGUUAUGUGGGGUGGCGCGCUGUGCUGACCGGGUCUGUAGUUCAUCAGAUGGAAGGGGUGUGAGAGUGAGCGGCGGAACCUACCGUAGAUCUCCCUAGUUCGGGUGAAAUGGAACAGCACAGUCACGCUCGAGUGGUAUGUGAUGACGAGGCUUUGGCUGCAUUUCACACGUAUGUUGUGUUUGCAGCGUAUAUUGCUGCAUACGCUGCAACUUUGAUUUCAUAGUACCUCCUAGCUGAUAUGGGUGCUUUCCUUUUCCUCUGUUUCUCAUAGACCAAUGCAAUCAUUACAAUGUUGAUCCAGUUGCAUCCAAUCAUGACCCUGUAACGCUUUUUGCCAAUCCAGCCACUCUAUGCUUGUCCUUGGGCUGUGUAAGUAACUAAUUUAAUUACUAAGCCCAUGAUAGGUAAAUAGACCAGGGAUUCAUUUUCUAUUAGGUUUUCUUCAAAAGUUAAGCUCUUUAUGCGCUGACUAUCCCGCCCGGUCAGUGGGCCAAUGGCCAUCUGACACUGCCUUGUAGCUACUGCUUCUACCGUAAACCUGCAUUCGGUAGUGAUACACGAAGAAUGGUAGCAGUCGGAACACAGCAAUCCGAUUGCUCAAAAUUGGCGUUGCUGAGUUGAUCACAAAUACUGCAAACUCCCCUUAGUCCUUCCUGCAAAUCUGAGCUUCAACAUUAAAUUAAAGUGAUUUUUAGCUACUGCCUUACAGCAGCAAACCAAAAGCUACCCCGGUAUGCGUCGGUUAGGACGCAGAGCCGCAGCACAAGCAGCCGGUUCAGCCCGCUCCACUCCAGUCCAGUUACCUCCUCUCCUGAUCCCACACCAUGGCGGAGACUAUCCGUACGCACACAUGACGUCUUUCCUAUGUUUGUGUAUGUACAAACGGCGUAUACUGGUGGUGCGAGAGUCGCGGACAUCAGCUCUAGUCCUGCGAAGAACAGACGAGACAGUGAUGAGAAGGACGUACGGACGGACGGAUAGACGGACGGGCGGACUUACAAACGGACAGACGGGCGGACUUACAAACGGACAGACGGGCGUACGUGCGAACGAGCAAACGUGCGAACGGACAGACGGGCGGACAUAUGAACGGACGGACGGGCAUGCGAGCAAAUGGUUGGAGAGGCGAACGGACAAACUGACUGGACAUUCGGUGGAGCAGCUUUACUGGUGUGGUGCUCUCUCUUUGCAUGUGGGCUAUCCGGCCUUCUCGCUCGCGUCCUUCGUGGUAUACGCUCGCGUCCUGCGUGGUAUACGCUCGCGUCCUGCGUAGUAUACGCUCGCGUCCUGCGUGGUAUAUCUGUGGGGCCGCUCUACCUUUCUACCGUCUACUCGGCCGCGGCCGUGACCGCGGCCGGUUUCACUUGGGAUCGACGUGCUUGGUUAGCUCUUACGAUAUUCUUGGAGUGGUGAUGAUGUGCAUUGUGCGAUGGUGCUACGACCCAUACAUUUCAAUAUAUCUACUGUAUAUGACACCGGCUGUGUGUUGAUCCGUGGAUGAGUCGAAGGGGAUUAGAGGUGGGGAUUUCCCUGUGUUAUUGGUCAAACAAAAUUCCAUGAAGCCGAUCAGCUUGGAAAAACAAUCAUUUCAUUUUUAGAAACAUGGAAGAGGCCUGCUGGGGAAUCUUCAGCUGCAAAUGACGUUUUGAACCUCUGGAUUAUAUAUAACUAAUGCUCUUAAAAUUCCUGUAUACCUGGCACUAUGUAACUUACGUGAUCCUGUAACCCUUUCAAUACCAUAAUCCACACAAGCCGCGCAUCACCUGCUCGCUUUACGAGAACAAGGUUUUAUUCCGUGCAAUGUCGCAUAUCAAUGUCUGUAGAGCAGCAAUGAGGCCCUGUCUGUAUGUACAGUGUCAAAACCGGUAUGCCUGGGUGACGUAUGGUUAACGUAAUGGUUAUUUGGGUGACGUAUGGGUGACGUCGGCUGACAAUACCUGCCGGCCGGGCGGUGAGCGGGGAUUUCCAGCUACGAUCUGAACUGGGCGACGUUUAUGUCCGGUAUGCACCGCCGGCGGCGUCUGGAAAGCCCCAUUCGCUUGUACGCUACUGCUAAAGACGUUCAAUGUGACGUUCAUAAGUCGUCAGAGGGCAGUGGGGAGGAUUUGAAGAGCCCCUGCUCUCUCGGCGGCGUCAGUCGUGCCACCGCGGCCGCCGCAGCAACAUGGAGAACCGUGUCUUUCUUCUCGUGGCCUUUGCGACAGUGGCCGUACAGGUCGGGCCCACGGCGGCACAAUCGUCUGCUGACGCAUUGAUAGUUGAUCUCUCGGACGCCGAUCUGUCCGCCCUUCUGUCGCCUGUGGAGCAGCCAGCGUCCUUCGUCAGACCGUCGGUGGGUCAACUUCCCAGUCUCGUCAGACCAUCACCAGGCUUCUUUCCAGACCUCUUCAAGCCUUCAGUGGGCAACCUUCCUGACAUUGCCCCCGGCCGUCGCCCGGCACCUGGUGUAGGAUCAUCAUCAUUCUUUCAGCCUUUCAACUUUGGUUCCCGAUGCUCGGGAACUCAGCAGUGCGUCAGCAUCCGUGACUGUGCCACCAUCAGGACCCGGGAGGACAUUCUGCGGAAGAGGCCGGCGCUCUGCGGUUUCUCCGGUAGGCUUCCGCUCAUUUGCUGCGACGGUGAAGGUCAGGUCACCGAAAGGCCGCCCUCCGUGCUGCCGCAGCAAUGCGGCGAACAAAGGACCAGACGGGAACCAGCCGAAAAUCGCCGCGUGCGCCUGGCUAGCCGCAGAGGAACCGUGACAAAGUUUGAGGCGGAAGCAGUCCGACCUGGUCAGUCUCAUACACUGGUGGUCGGCGGGGACCCGGUGGAGCUGAUCGAACUGCAGCCGGGCGGCCGGCCGGUCCACCGCUGGCCCUGGAUGGUGCUGUUCGGCCGCUGGACGGACGCCGGGCUGGGCGACUGGUUCUGCGGCGGCACCCUCAUCACCGACCGGCACGUGCUCACGGCCGCCCACUGCCUGCAACCUGAGGAGGCCGGCACCGUGGGCGCGCGCAUCGCCGACCACGACCUGACGCUGCCGGACGAGGUGCAGCACCAGCAGCGGAACGUCUCCCGCAUCGUGCGCCACCCGCAGUACGCGGGCGCGCAGAACGACCUGGCCGUGGUGCGGCUGGCGGCGCCGGUGGAGCUGACGGACUCGGUGCAGCCCAUCUGCCUGCCGCCGGCCGGCACCGACCACCUGGGACAGGACGCGGCCGUGGCCGGCUGGGGCCUGCUCGAGUUCAACGGCGACUCACCGGACGUGCUGCAGGAGGCGCCGCUGCGCGUCACCGACCCGGCCGUCUGUGAGACCGCCUACCGGCGCGUGCCGCAGUUCGAGCGCCGCUUCCCGGGCGGCUUCCAGGGCACCAAGGUGUGCGCCGAGAGCCGGGACGGUGAGCCGCGCGACGCGUGCCGCGGCGACUCGGGCGGCCCGCUGAUGGUACUGAGCGCUCCGCAGGAUGAGGGGAGCGGUACCUACCAGCUAGUGGGUGUGGUCUCCACCGGCGUGGGCUGUGGCAACCCCGAGUUUCCCGGCCUCUACACCAAGGUGUCGGCCUACAUCGACUGGAUCGUCAGUCAGCUCACCUGAAUUAUGGGUCACAUACGCUUAGAUAUACUCUUACGCCUAUACGAGGGUACGGUACGGCCUUGCUCUUACGUGAGUUACGGGUAAUUGGCUACGGGCAGCGCGUGGAAUUAUUUUUGUGAAUUGGCUUCUGUUGAAGAGGGUAAUUGCCUUUGUUGUUUCAAUUGAAAGCGUUCAAGAGCGUGUUUGGCUCUAUGUGUUGGACACUUACCUACUUAUUUUUGCGAUUCAUCUCUUGGCUGGUUUGCAACGGUGCGUUUUGUGCUUACUUGCUUGAUGUGUGAUGUGAUUGCUUAGUGAGAUGGGUUCCAACAAAUGCAUUAAUAAAUGCAUGGAGACGGAUGAUGAUUUUCAUUGUGGAAUGUGCACAAUAAAUGCAGCCCUGCUGAAGGA